AUGGAAGGUUGGGACCCGAACACGAAGUCGACGUUGACACAGAUCCCUUUGCUAACGACGAAGGCGGGUCCUCGAGACGGCGCAGCAUGGACGCAGAGGUUGAAGGAGGAGUACAAGGCUCUCAUAGCCUACACGCAGAUGAACAAGUCCAACGACAACGAUUGGUUCCGCAUCUCCGCCGCCAAUCCCGAAGGCACUCGUUGGACCGGUAAAUGCUGGUACGUCUACAACCUGCUCAAGUACGAAUUCGACCUCCAAUUCGAUAUCCCCGUCACUUACCCUUCCACCGCCCCCGAACUCGAACUCCCUCAAUUGGAUGGAAAGACCCAAAAGAUGUACAGGGGUGGAAAAAUCUGCCUGACUGUGCACUUCAAGCCGCUCUGGGCCAAAAAUUGCCCUAGAUUUGGUAUUGCUCAUGCACUUUGCUUGGGUCUUGCACCAUGGCUUGCAGCAGAGGUUCCCAUUCUUGUAGAUUCUGGUAUGAUUAAGCACAAAGACGACGCAACAACAUCAACUGAAUCUUAG